AUGUCCGGCACCGACACGCGUAGUCCAGGCAUCCAGUGCUAUGACAUUGUCAUCGUGGGCGCUGGGCCGGCAGGCCUCAUGCUUUCGACGUGCCUGGCUCGCUGGGGCUACAGCAUCAAGCACAUUGACAACCGGCCAGAGCCCACUCGCACCGGCCGAGCCGAUGGCAUCCAGCCGCGCUCUCUGGACCUCUUGCGGAACAUGGGCCUCAAGGCUGACAUCAUGGCACACAAGCCCGCGCGCGUCUACGAGGUGGCGUUUUGGGGCCCCUCCAAGUCUGACCACGGCAUCGUCAGGACAGGCACUUGGGCCAGCUGUCCAACCUUCAUUGAUGCCCGGUAUCCCUUUACGACUCUGCUCCACCAGGGCCAUAUAGAGAGAGUCUUUCUCCGCGACCUCGGGAGCAACGGCGUCGAUGUGCAGCGGCCCUGGACGAUCCGGGGCUUCCGCUCAGUCGAAAACGAGGAUCCCGACUACCCUGUCCACGUGCAUCUCGAGCAUGUCGACGGACGUGCCGCAGAGACUGUGCGGGCCAAAUACCUCUUUGGCGGCGAUGGUGCCAAGUCAUUCAUCCGACAGCAGCUCCAGAUAGGGUUUCAGCAUCGCGAUCCCAUCGAGCACGUCUGGGGCGUCAUGGAUGGCGUAGUCCGGACGGAUUUCCCCGACAUCAAGAUGAAAUGCACCGUCCACAGCCAGCACGGCUCCAUCAUGGUGAUUCCGCGAGAAGACGGCAUGGUCCGUCUGUACAUCCAGCUAGCCUCGUCGACGGAUGCCGACUGGAACCCGAGGAAAAGAGCUACCGAGACGCAGGUUCAAGAGUCGGCCAAGAGGAUCCUGCGGCCAUACUCGAUCGACUGGCAGCGCGUCGAGUGGUUCUCGGUAUAUCCCAUAGGCCAGGGCAUCUCAAAUCAUUACACCCUGGACCAACGCGUGUUUCUGGGUGGCGAUGCCUGCCAUACUCACAGCCCCAAAGCGGGACAAGGCAUGAACACGGCCUUCUCGGAUGCGAUAAACCUGGCGUGGAAGAUCCAUGCUGUCGAGGGUGGCUUUGCGGACCGCGGCCUUCUUGAGACGUACCAGUCGGAGCGAAAAGGCAUGGCAGAGAGCCUCCUCGACUUUGAUAACCGAUACGCAAAGCUUUUCUCCCAGCGGCCGCCGGCUCGAGACGAUAUGCGGGUGGCGUCGGCUGACGGCGAAGAGGCCGACGAGGGCAGUGAUGACGACUUCAUCAAGACUUUCAAGGACUCUUGCCGCUUCACCAGUGGAUAUGGCGUUCUGUACGGGCCAAACGCCUUGAACUGGUCUGCGAGCCACCCGGCCCAGUCGCCGCUGAUUCAUCCCAAGACGACUAGGCUGGUACCAGGAGGCAUCUUCAUAAACGCGGACGUGACGAGGGUCGUGGAUGCCAACAUGGUCCAUCUUGAACAAGAGGCUCUGCGAGAUUUUGCAAAGGGUCUCGGCCACAAGCGAUCGUUUUACGCAGCAUACGCGCGGUUGGACUCGGAUCAGCUCUCUGGCGACGAGAUUCACAACCCCCACAGCCGUUUCUACACGUUGUGCACUGUGCUGGCCGUCAAGAGGGCCCGAGUCGAUAUCUCACGCGACGUCCCCGGGGUCCUGGCUCGCUAUCGAGACCACAUCUACGCAGACGAUGUGUGGGACCGCCGCGUGCCCGACGCAAAAGCCGCAGCGCACGCCAAGAUGGGAUUGGACGAGGCGAGGGGCGGCGUUGUCGUGGUUCGGCCAGACGGGCACGUUGGCGUGGUAAUAAGCCUUGUUGAAGGAAACGGCACCGUCAACGCCCUCGACGUGUAUUUUUCGGCAUUCUGCACCCAACCGCUUGGAGGGUUCGCGCCGCAUCUGUAG